AUGCUAUUUUUCAGUUUUUUCAAAACCCUAGUUGAUCAGGAAGUAACGGUGGAAUUAAAAAAUGAUAUGGAAAUAAAAGGAACGCUUAAAUCAGUAGAUCAAUAUUUAAAUUUAAAAUUAGAUAAUAUUACAUGUACAAAUGGUGAUAAAUAUCCUUAUUUACAAGCAGUUAAAAAUUUAUUUAUAAGAGGCUCAACUGUACGUUAUGUACAUAUGAGUCCGAAUUCUGUUGAUUGUACAUUAUUACAAGAUGCAUCAAGAAGAGGUAUGUUUAAAAAUAUUUCAAAAUUGAAAGAUAUAUUAGAAUUACUACGAGAAACGAUACUAACUGAAUUUACUUUUAUAGAAGCCAUGGUUCAAGCAUCAAAAUAA